GUGAAUGAGAUCCCUCUCAAUGAACUUAACUCAGGUUAUGCUGCACUGGAUGAGCCACAGCCGCACAGGACCAAACCACCUGUAGGAGGUGUGCCUCUUUUCCCAAAUUUAUCUCCGGCUGAACCUGUGUCAAGGUCAUAUAGUGCUGAUCCCCUGAGCAACUCAGAACCUUUAUAUGCCCAGGUGAACAAGGCCAGUAAACGGAGAAAUGAUGCAAGCAAUGAUUCUGUGAUGGUUUCUGGUGGACACCCAGGCAUGCAUCUAAACAGAGAUGGGGGUGGCAGUGGAGCCAAUGGAGCAGACUCCUGGGUGUAG